AUCAGUUAUUCUGCGCUCUGACACACAGACUAGUGUGCUCUGAAAUCUGACUAGAUAGUCAGAGUGAAUUUACGAAUGCACCCUCAAUCUCCCAUAAUGUUAUUUGUCGCCUAUUGAUAACGUAGGUUUUCGGGAACGGCGUGAUAGAGUUGAGGGGUAGGGUGGGCGUUGUGCUGCGUUCGUUAAAGAGGGGAUGGCGUAUAUUGUAUUGGAGAUACAGAAAUUGGAAUGUGUGGGGUAUAAAUUAUGUAGUAAUAGAGGUUACAUUGUAAUAGGUAAUUUAUACCUAAGAGUGUGAUGAGUGUGAUGAGGAGAGUGUGGGUAGAUAUGCAGGUCCUGUUGGGCCGUAGGUAGCUAGUUUCCUUAUUUUGUAAGCUAUGAAUGGCCCAUUUAACAUGGGUCAUCAUAGAUUUGACGAACCUAAAAAAGUUUCAAUUUGAUAGGCCAUUGUGGAGUGGAUUUGCAAAGGAUUUAAAUGGACACCUACAAUCUGAUUUCCUGAUUUAUCAGUAACUCGGCCAUCUCAAACUAAGUCAAGAGAUGGGUCUAUACUCCUUAUUUGGUGUUAUUUGGAUGAUGGGUUAUGAUAUGUUUUUCAAAGGUUUUCCAAGAUGGAGGAAAAUCUAUCCUGACAGACCGUAUGGGUCCUUGAGGCAAAUUUGUUCAGUGUGAGGAAAGAUCCUACAUCAAAGUUUCACAGCACCACCUAUAGGCCAAUCAGUGCCAAUAUUUUUGACCAAGUUACUCAUGGCCUCUCGUUUCGCUGUGAACACCUAAAUAUUCAUUGAAUGACUCCUUCACCACGUACAAGAACGAGUUGGCGGAGAACGACAAAAUGCUGAACGAGCAGAACGUCAAGCUCCAAGAGCAUCUGUCUGAGGUCCGCUUCCAGAAGGCAAAGCUCUCCACACAGCUGGGGUUCGCCUCCAAGAGGUAUGAGAUGCUGCAGGAGAACUUGAACGUCUACAGGCCGGAGAUCACCGAGCUGCACGAGCAGAGCCAGAAGAUGGCCGCCACGGCUCAGAAACACGAGCAGAUCAUCCACACCAUCCACGCCUAUGAGAAACUGACCAUGGCAGAGCAGAGUCCAGACUGAACCAGGAGAAGGAGGCCAUGAUGGCCGAGCAGCGCAACCAAAACCUACUGCUGACAAACCUCAAAUCUAUCCAGCUGACGAUGGAGCGUACAGAGACAGAGACCAAGCAGCGUCUGAACAGCCAGAUAGAGAGACUGGAGAGAGAGCUCUCCCAGUUUAAGAAGAAACCGGCUGAGGAGGUAGAGCAGAGGCACGUGCUGGGCCGCAACCAAGAAGUACAGAUACACUCAAGCUCAACUGCUGGAGGCCAAGAAGCAGCUGGAGGCCUAGUGGUCUCUGUACCAGAAGACCAAGGAGCUGUUGAAGAACGCUGAGCUGCAAGCAAACCUACUGAGGCAGCUCAGCCACACUGAGAACCAGAAUCGGGGUCAAAACCAGGGCCUGCAGGGUCAGGGUUCAGGUCUGAGUCUAGGCCAGGGCCAGGGUCAGACCAAUGCCAGGGCUCCCAUCAGAGUGCCACUCGGAGCUCCGGUGACUGCUCCAUCUCCGACCCUAGCUAAAUCCCAUUCCCAGGCUGCCCAGGAGGCCCAGGCCAAGCUGCAGGAGGAACUACAGGAGGCUAGCGGGCAUCAGCAGCAGGCCGAAAAGCAGAUCAGUGACCGGCAGGAGCGCCUGUAGAACGCCAACACCAAUUCAGAGCAGUACCGCACUGUGGUGCUCAGCCUGGAGGAGUCCCUCAGCGAAGAGAAACAGUCUCGUGUCCCCGUGGAGACUCGUCUGAAGGAAGCCCAGGAUUUCCAGCGUGGGCUGGAGAAGAAGCUGGUGUAUGCUGAGGAGAAACAUGACCUCCGGGAGGAGAAGAGGAAGGCCGUGGACAUUUUGGAAAAACAGGUGAAUGAGCCGUAGAGGACCAUGAGGAACAUGCAGUCAGAGCUCCAGGAGGCGAUGGAGAGGAAGGCUUCCGCUGUGACCCAGGAACAGAAGGCCGUACAGGACAGGCUGCAGCAGGUUGGCCUCAAACUGUCCCUGGAUCAGAUCGGAAUGUGCUUUAGCCAACUCCUCCGACUAUCGUAAGUAAGAGGAGUUGGCGAAAGCACUUGCAGAGCUGGAGCUGGCUACACAAACUGAUCCUGGAUCAGCCAAAACUUGGUCAGAUGCUCUCUAUGAAUGGAUUGAGAAUUUAAGGACUGCACCAGCUGCCCUGGAUGUUUCUUACAGGUCCAUCUUGGAGAAAACACAAUUAGAAAGGCAAGCUGGUGACGUGGAGGCGCUGCAGGCGGCCAAGCGGCAGGGCCUGCAGGGGAACCAGAGCAGGAAGCAGCUGGAGGAAAAGGCCAAACAGACCAACACACAGCUACAGGAGGCUCGCACCAACUGCAACCAGCUGGAGAAGAAACUCCAUGUAGCUUUGGUAGAGGGUUGAAGGGGACAGCCAAAGGGGGAUGAAUGGAGAGACUGGGCUCGACGGAAGAGAUGAGGCUCUUGAUGGGGAGGGUCGUAUGAUAUCCACAAUAUGGAAUAAGAGUGUUGCGACGUUAGUAAUGUGAUUUGGUCAGUAUUUAGCCAAAUACUUAAUGUACCCAAAAUAUUGAAAUGAUCAGGGUUUCAUGGUUCCAUAAGUUCCUGUUGAAGUGUUAUGCACCCCAGGCCUGACUUACCGCAUGACCAACGUCAUCUCUGUGAACGUACAAAGGUCAGGGCCCGAAGUCAUAGAAUCUCUCUAUCUCUCUACCCUCAAGAAUGAUCUGUCCAAGCAGCAGAAGCAGGCAGACGAGCUGCACAAGCAGAACGGCCUGCUGCACACCAGCCGAUCGAGAGUCUGGGAGCCAAGAUGGCGGCCACGGUGCUGCAGAAGCUUCCAGGAUGAGCAGCCUCUACCUGUUCUUCAGCGAGGAGGGCAAGUCCCAGGAACAAAUCCUGGAGAUCGUCAGGUUUGUGCGUCGUGAGAAGGAGGUCGCAGAGACACAGUUUGAGGUGGCCGAGGUGGAGACACUACGCUACAAACAACGAGUUGAACACCAGGACCGAGAGCCGAAGGAGCUACAGGAGAGCCUCAAUGCAGAGAGAGGAAAAACUACAGCUGACCGUGAAGACGAUGGCGCUGCACGAUGAAGAAGAGGAUGGAGAAGAUGAACGUGCUGGUGGAGACCAACAAGGUGCUGAAGGAGGAGAGGCUGGAGCAGGAGCUGCACCAGACCCGGGUUCAAAAUGCGUAAGCUAGUGGCGGACAUCCCUCCCCUGCAGGACUCCAACUCUUGAGCUGAAUGAGAAGAAUGGCAUGUUGCAGGCUGACAGUCACCAAGCACCUUGUGAGCCAACAGAAAGACACGAGCCAGGAGGAAAAAAAAGAAGCUGCACUCUGAGAGGGAGGCCCACCUCAAAUGCAUCCAGCAGCUCUCUGGAGGAGGCUGAAGGCUGAGAUGGCCAGGACAAACGCAUCAGUGACCAGAGCCAGGUACAGAACCUGAGGGAGACCCUAUGCAAGGUGACCACCGAGAGGGACGCUACCAAGAAGGAGCUGGACGACCAAGAACCUGGACAUCCAGGAGAAGGCCAAGACCAUCACGCAGGUCAAGAAGAGCGGCCGCUGUUACAAAACCCAGUACGCUAUAGAUGCAGCUUGACAAGCUGGUGGCAGAAGCAGCAGCCAAGCCAGCCCAGGAGGAGGUGCAACAGGCUCAACUGCAGGUCCAGCAGGCUCAACUGCAGGUCCAGCAGGCUCAACUGCAGGUCCAGCAGGCUCAACUGCAGGUCCAGCAGGCUCAACUGCAGGUCCAGCAGGCUCAACUGCAGGUCCAGCAGGCUCAACUGCAGGUCCAGCAGGCUCAGCAGGCCUCGGACCAGGAGAUCCAGAGCCUGAAGAAGUCCCUCAGCCAGGCCCGAGACCAAAAUCAAAGACCUGGAGGGACAACUGGAGGACAUACAGAAUGUACUAGUAAUGUACUUUAUGUGUAUGGAGCCAGUGCCUCCAUAGAGUCAAGUAAAGUUAGCAUGCAGAAGACUGUGAGUGAGCGCGACACGGAGAUGGGGGGUUUGAAGAAGGAGGUGACCCGCCUCCCGGAGCAGUCUGCCCAGGCCCAGGAGGAGGUGACCAGACUGAGACAGGAGGUGACCCGCCUCCCGGAGCAGUCUGCCCAGGCCCAGGAGGAGGUGACCAGGCUGAGACAGGAGGUGACCCGCCUCCAGGAGCAGUCUACCCAGGCCCAGGAGGAGGUGACCAGGCUGAGACAGGAGGUGACCCGCCUCCAGGAGCAGUCUACCCAGGCCCAGGAGGAGGUGACCAGGCUGAGACAGGAGGUGACCCGCCUCCAGGAGCAGUCUACCCAGGCCCAGGAGGAGGUGACCAGGCUGAGACAGGAGGUGACCCGCCUCCAGGAGCAGUCUACCCAGGCCGAGGGGGAGAUGACCAGGCUGAGACAGGAGGUGACCCGCCUCCAGGAGCAGUCUACCAAGGCUGAGGGGGAGAUGACCAGGCUGAGACAGGAGGUGACCCGCCUCCAGGAGCAGUCUACCAAGGCCGAGGGGGAGGUGACCAGGCUGAGACAGGAGGUGACCCGCCUCCAGGAGCAGUCUACCCAGGCCCAGGAGGAGGUGACCAGGCUGAGACAGGAGGUGACCCGCCUCCAGAAGCAGUCUACCCAGGCCCAGGAGGAGGUGACCAGGCUGAGACAGGAGGUGACCCGCCUCCAGGAGCAGUCUACCCAGGCCCAGGAGGAGGUGACCAGGCUGAGAGAGGAGGUGACCCGCCUCCAGGAGCAGUCUACCCAGGCCCAGGAGGAGGUGACCAGGCUGAGACAGGAGCUGCAGGAGAAGAUGGCCCCGGAGGAGCAACAGAUGGCCGACAAGAAGGAGAAGAUCAAGAAGGCCUCCAUGGGUUCCAAGCAGAAGCUCAACCAGCUCAACAUUGCAAAGGUGCAGCUGGCCAAGGAGGUGGAGGACAUGAAGCAGCAGCGGGAGGAGCAGGAGGUGCGUCUGAGCUCCCUCAGGUCCUGGUAUGAGGGCCGUCUCCACCUACAGGACCGAGAGAUCAGGGAACUGAAAGACCACCGCAACGAACAACCUCAGAGGAACGAGCCCCACGACCAGGGUAACAAUAAGACGCAGGAGCAGCAGCAGAGAGCUCCAGAACAGAGGCAGGUCAGCCAGAGGACUAACCAAGCUGCAGACAGGGGAUGUUUGUUUCUCCCGUUUCUUACCAAACAGUGGUUCUUCCAGCUCUUCAGAGCAGCACCCCACCGCCAACAUCAAGCCCACCCCGGUGUCGGGUGGUGACCCCAGUAAACCUUCCCCGAUCCCUGGGAGCAAGUCCCCCCCCAGAGCCAGCAUCCGACCCAUGGUUCCCGUCAAAGUGCCCACCCCCACGGCCACAGUCAUGCCCCAUACACAGUCUGACAGCCAGGAAGGUAGAGGACGAGGAGGAUGAUGAUGAUGACGACCAGGGGAUGGAAGAAGAGGAGCGCUACGAGGGGAGCGGAGACACCAACGAGCCGUACGAAUGAGAGGGAAACGUGACGGUCCCUGAGACCACGGAGCCUGCUUCGGAGUUUGAGGAGAGCAUGGGAGCUACAGACUCCAGCUCCCAGAAACAGGCUGACUCACAGAGCGGCGAGGGAGAGAUGGACUGUUAUGUACGGGAUUCAUAUUAGGAAGUCCCUCAGUUGUCAGCAGAUGAAACACUGACGACUGAGGGAGUUUUGGCCGACAACUGAGAGCAUUUUGUAUGACAAUUGAGACUUCCUAAUAUGGAUGCCGUAUUGUGUAAAAUUCACCUUUCACUUUCGAUGCUGGGAAAAUAAACAGAUAGUAUAGAAACUUCGGGCAGAUGUGUGUGACUUAGUGCCUGCUGUAUCAGAGUCCGAGACAUGAGUCCUUUCCUCUGCUUCCAGGUGAGUGGAGCAGCAUCACCACGAGUCCUUGCCCAUGGCCAUGUCCGAACCCCCCCCAAGAGAACUACUACAGCCUACCUCUAGUACUACUACCGCCUUUUCCUUCUCUACCUCCUCUUCCUCUGUCCCCAGCUUCAGCCUGGACCCCCGUCAGGGGUGCCUGCCCCAGUCCGUUCCCCGCCGACCCCCUGCCCCCACUCCUCUACAUUCAGCCUCCUGGUCCUGAGCUGGGCCUGGGACCCCAACCCGCACGGAGGCUGUCUGCAAGUCAGGAGUGGCUUCGGGACACGUCUCUGAAUGUCCUUGAGUGGCCCAGCCAGAUCUCUGGAGAGACCUGAAAAUAUCUGUGCAGCAACUCUCCCCAUCCAACCUGACAGAGCUUGAGAGGAUCUGCAGAGAAGAAUGGGAGAAACUCCACAAAUACAGUACCAGUGGUUAAGCGUCAAUGGAUAGCCAGGCUGAGAUGGACUCUGCCCAGCUGUCAGACGAUGCCAGUCUUUCUUCCACAAGCCAGGAGCCUACCUCCAGCUUGGCCGCAGUGUGCAGCCCAAGCCCUCCGGCCGCCCCAUAGCCCAGCGCUCUCUGCCCAUGAGGACAGCCAACGGAGGCAGGUCGCUCAUCCCCAGAGGAGUAUGGGCUUCCCACGAGCAGGAAGAAGUAGAGGAAACCUACCCCACUAAUGAUGUCAUCAUGGACUGCUCCAUUCCCUUACUCCCAAGUCUCAAUCAUCGUGUCUUAGUCUAUUUAAAAAUCCUACCAAUUUGUGAUCGUACGAUGUAAUAAAAAAAAGAAAAUGGUU